AUGUCGAAAGGUACAACCAAAGCUAUUGGUAGAUUACCUCAGCAAAUCAAGCAAAAGACAAAACUUAGGAGUUCAAUGAAAGAUUACGAAUAUAAUGAUGCGAGUAAGAAAUUUGCUGAAGUAGCCAAUCACGCUGAAAAAUUACAUACAGACGUUGUAAAAUUUAGAGAUCAAGUUUCACUUAUGCUUAAUCAUCAAGCAAAUUUAUCCAAUUUAUUGGUAGAAGUAUACAAUCCUAUACAAGGAUUAGAACCAACUGAUGGAGCAGUUGUACGUCGACAGAAAACAUCUUCUCAUUCAAUAAAAGUCGUUGAAAGUUAUUCACAAAAUGCGAAAGAUCUUAGGGACACCAUCUUAUCAGAUUUGGAUUUACUUGAUCAUGAAGUUAUCAAUCCUAUAGCUAAUUUCUUAACGGUUAUUAAAUUGAUCAAAAAAACGAUUACAAAACGUGAUCACAAAAAAGUUGAUUAUGAACGUUAUUCUGCAAAUGUAAAAAAAUAUAAAGACAUGAAAGAUAAAAUAUUAAGUGCAAGUGAAGAAAAAAACUUGUAUAAGCAAGAAGAUUUACUUAGUACAGCAACACAAGAAUAUGAAUAUUAUAAUAAUUUACUUAAGAAAGAAUUACCGUUAUUUUUCGAUUAUAUGAUUGAAUUUAUUGAACCAGUAUUUGAAUCUUUUUAUCGUAUUCAAAUAAGAAUUUUCAGGCAUUCAAUAAAACGUUUGGAAAAAGUUGUAGAUAAAUCAGAUAUUGAUAUUGAUUCUUCAAUAGUAGACAGUUAUGAUGAAAGAGUUGAAGAUGCAAAGAAUCAAAUUCAAUCAUUAACCUUAUUAAAUCGUGAAGCAAAAUUAGCAAAAUCUAAUCCUGAAAAUGCAUAUUCAGCAACUCCAUCAGUAUCAGCUCGUAAAGCAUCAUUCAAUUCAAUGAAUUCAUCCUCUAAUUCAAAACUUUUCCCAGUUAACAAAAAAAUUCCAUCACCAAUCCCCCCUCCUAUCCCAGCAAAACCAAAAAUUGCAUAUGUCAAAGCAUUAUAUGAUUAUGAUGCACAGGCAGAUGGCGAUUUAUCAUUUCAUAAAGGGGAUAAAAUUGAAGUGUUAAAAAGAACUCCUAAUACUGAUGAUUGGUGGGAGGGAAAAUUAAAUGGUGUUACUGGUAUUUUUCCAGGGAAUUAUGUUGAAGAAUUAUAA